AUGAGGGUGCUCUGUGCCUUUCCUGAAGCCAUGCCCUCCAGCAACUCCCGCCCCCCUGCGUGCCUAGCCCCGGUGGCUCUCUUCUUGGCUCUGUUGCUCCAUCUCUCCCUUUCCUCCCAAGCUGGAGACAGGAGACCCUUGCCUGUAGACAGAGCUCCAGGUUUGAAGGAAAAGACCCUGAUUCUACUUGAUGUGAGCACCAAGAACCCAGUCAGGACAGUCAAUGAGAACUUCCUCUCUCUGCAGCUGGAUCCGUCCAUCAUUCAUGAUGGCUGGCUCGAUUUCUUAAGCUCCAAGCGUCUGGUGACCCUGGCCCGGGGACUUUCGCCCGCCUUUCUGCGCUUCGGGGGCAAAAGGACCGACUUCCUGCAGUUCCAGAAUCUGAGGAACCCGGCAAAAAGCCGUGGGGGUCCCGGCCCGGAUUACUAUCUCAAAAACUAUGAGGAUGACAUUGUUCGAAGUGAUGUUGCCUUGGAUAAACAGAAAGGCUGCAAGAUUGCCCAGCACCCUGAUGUUAUGCUGGAGCUCCAACGGGAGAAAGCAGCUCAGAUGCACCUGGUUCUUCUAAAGGAGCAAUUCUCCAAUACUUACAGUAAUCUCAUAUUAACAGCCAGGUCUCUAGACAAACUUUAUAACUUUGCUGAUUGCUCUGGACUCCACCUGAUAUUUGCUCUAAAUGCACUGCGUCGUAAUCCCAAUAACUCCUGGAACAGUUCUAGUGCCCUGAGUCUGUUGAAGUACAGCGCCAGUAAAAAGUACAACAUUUCUUGGGAGCUGGGUAAUGAGCCAAAUAACUAUCGAACCAUGCAUGGCCGGGCAGUAAAUGGCAGCCAGUUGGGAAAGGAUUACAUCCAGCUGAAGAGCCUGUUACAACCCAUCCGGAUUUACUCCAGAGCCAGCUUGUAUGGCCCUAAUAUUGGGCGGCCCAGGAAGAACGUCAUCACCCUCCUAGAUGGAUUCAUGAAGGUGGCAGGAAACACAGUGGAUGCAGUUACCUGGCAACAUUGCUACAUUGAUGGCCGGGUGGUCAAGGUGAUGGACUUCCUGAAAACUCGUCUGUUAGACACCCUCUCUGACCAGAUUAGGAAAAUUCAGAAAGUGGUUAACACAUACACCCCAGGAAAGAAGAUUUGGCUUGAAGGUGUGGUGACCACCUCAGCUGGAGGCACAAACAAUCUGUCAGAUUCCUAUGCUGCAGGAUUCUUAUGGUUGAACACUUUGGGAAUGCUGGCCAAUCAGGGCAUUGAUGUUGUGAUUCGGCACUCAUUUUUUGACCAUGGAUACAAUCACCUCGUGGACCAGAAUUUUAACCCAUUACCAGACUACUGGCUCUCUCUCCUUUACAAGCGCUUGAUUGGCCCCAAAGUCUUGGCUGUGCAUGUGGCUGGACUCCAGCGGAAGCCACGGCCAGGCCGAGUGAUCCGGGACAAACUAAGGAUUUAUGCUCACUGCACAAACCACCACAACCACAACUAUGUUCGAGGGUCCAUUACACUUUUUAUCAUCAACUUGCACCGAUCAAGAAAGAAAAUUAAACUGGCCGGGACUCUCAGGGACAAGCUUGUGCACCAGUACCUACUGCAGCCCUAUGGACAGGAGGGCCUGAAGUCCAAGUCAGUGCAGCUGAACGGCCAGCCCUUAGUGAUGGUGGACGAUGGGACCCUCCCAGAACUGAAGCCCCGCCCCCUGCGGGCCGGCCGGACAUUGGUCAUCCCUCCAGUCACCAUGGGCUUUUAUGUGGUCAAGAAUGUCAACGCUUUGGCCUGCCGCUACCGAUAA